ACCCUUCAUAUGAUACAUAUACCAUUGACUACGAUUUUGCGAUUAUGAAACUUUCGACACCUCUCAAAUACACGUCCAAAAUACAGCCGAUUACAUUGGCCCAGGCACGUGACCAAUUAUCGACUGGGACAUACCUAACUGUGGCUGGAUGGGGUACAACCGAGUCCAUGGAGGUGGAAGAUAUGCUAAAAUCAGUGAAAGUGCCGUACUUAUCUCUGAACGAAUGUUAUCAACUCUAUGGGAACCAGAUCACACCAAGAAUGUUUUGUGCUGGCUUAGUGUGGCAGGGCGGGAAAGACGCUUGUCAAGGAGAUUCAGGAGGCCCUAUUGUGUAUAAAGGUAUCCAAUACGGAGUAGUUUCUUGGGGAGCCGGUUGUGGCGAUGCCGGCAGUCCAGGUGUAUACUCCAGCGUUCCAAGCCAACGGCUUUGGAUCAAAAGCAUUACGGGGGUUUAA